AGCUAAAACAGUUAAAAUCUCAUUUCAGCUAAUCUUGGCUUCGAGGCUUGAGGUUUCCCCAGUCCAAAGCAGUGUGAGACAAUUCUCUUUGAACUUAUGAAAGUGCCGAUUUGUAGUAUUUCAUACUCCAUCAGAUUCAUCUCCAUCUGAAUUGCGAACACUCCACGAAUGUCUGAUUCGAAUCACCAAACACCCAUGUACGGAACCGAGGCCAUGGAUUCUCAACAAACACCACAGAAUCAGCAGCAGCAAGGGAGGGAGAUCCGAGAGCAAAACUACGACGUGGCGGCUGGGGAGGAGUCGAUAGACAACCCCCAGAUCCGAUUCGAAGAAUCCCACCCAAUCCCCGACGGCGCCGGCAGCAGCGGCGGCGACGGCGACGGCGGCGCCGAUGAUGGCGUUCAUCCCCUUUCUCUGUCCGUUAUUGGGUCUGAAAUUGCUCCUGUGACGGACCAGCUAACGCUGUCGUUUCAGGGCGAGGUUUAUGUCUUUGAUGCCGUUUCGCCUGAAAAGGUGCAGGCAGUUUUGUUGCUAUUGGGUGGUUUCGGUGAUUUUCCUCAACCUCUAAGGGCCACUUCUUUGACUCGGUUCAAGGAGAAGAAAAAAUAUCGAUAUUUUGGUCAGAAAACACGUUACAAUGUCCGAAGAGAAGUUGCACUUCGGCAGCAGCGUCGAAAGGGUCGGUUUACCAAGGUAGUUUCAGAUGAAAUGGUUUCUUCGUCAGAUAGGGAUCCAGUACAGGAUUCUGGACAAGAGGAAGAACAACCUUCAUGUGCGGCAUGUGUCCAUUGUGGUAUUAGCUCAAAGUCUACCCCGAUGAUGCGUCGUGGCCCAGAUGGCAAAAAGAGUUUGUGCAAUGCAUGUGGGCUCAAGUGGAAAAACAAGGGAGUUUUAAGAGACCUUUCAAAGGUUUCAGCUGGAGGAGGCCAGGAUCCAACUGUCAAGGCUAUUGAACAGAGUGAGGGUGAAGCUAAUGACUCCGACGUCAUAAACUCUGCGGCUGACAUCUUCAAUUUGUUGAAUGGUGAUAACUGAGCUGUGACUGUUGAACGAUUGAAGACAACUGGAGAAUCCAGGACAUUCAGGCUGCUUGUAUCGUGGGAGCUCAUUCUCAAUCGAUAGAAAAGAGCUACUCCCCUUUAGUUUAUCGUGAGUGGGUCUGUCGUCUUCCUCAUUAUAGUCCUCCAAGAAUCAAUAGCAUUUGGUUGGCUUACAUUCUGUCUUUUUACCGUAAUAGUCCUAUGCAUAGUAAUCGUUUAGUCCUAAUCAUGUCUAUCAAUAAAAUCAGACUAGCAACCAAGAAAUGGACGAAAUAGUAGUUAUAUGGUAAACUUCCCAGUUUUUCAAAAUUAGCUCAACUUUGUACCUUUCGGGUGUAUUGCGAACUUGCAUUAGCUCUUUUAUGUUUAUAGUGAUGGAGCUUGAUGGGGGAAAUAUAAGCGUUAUUUUGGCUGUUGUACACAACAAAUCUGGCUCAGUAAGAAUGGAAUUAUAUUUCCGCA